GCAACACUCUUGUUGUCCUUCUCACGCACCACCGCACUGAGGUUCGUCUCUCUCCAAGAUGAACACUAUAAAUGCUAUUAUGGACUCCAUGCAGGGCUUUGGGGUGAGCACCACCCACUACCUGCAGACCAACUAUCAGGAUGCCCAGGGUCUGUUCCUCUGGGUGUCCUGGGCGGCUGACCUCAGGAACACCUUCUUCAUCUUCUUCCCGCUUUGGUUUCACCUGCGGUCCUCGGUGGCUGUUAAGCUCAUCUGGGUGGCUGUGAUUGGAGACUGGCUCAACCUGGUCUUUAAAUGGUGGGUCAACUAAAUCUUUGACAUUUUCAAGCUAAUGUUUGAUCAGGUGUGUUUGGACCAUACCUGAAUGCAUGUCUCUGUUGGUUCCUCAGGAUUCUGUUCGGGGAGAGGCCAUACUGGUGGGUCCAUGAGGCGGCAUAUUACGCAGACGGUGCUCGUCCUCAUAUUGAGCAGUAUCCUAUGACCUGUGAAACCGGGCCAGGUGAGAACUUCAGCACAUGGUUUUAUCUACUGAAAGUCCCUGUUUACCCCCAGACUCCUUCCACUCUUGGCGCAUUACACAUGAUAACACAUGCAAUAUUUUGUGGCUGCAUUUUUCCCAUAUUGAUAUGAGAUUUAACCCAGAAUAGCUGGAUCAUGUGGGUCUUAACCAGACCUAAAACUGCAGCUCUUUAAACUGGAUUAGACACAAAGUAAAGGGAUUACAUAAUUUAGCAAGACCCACUUUACUGGGCUUUUGUAGUGCGUGCUCCCAUAUUCUUAAACCAUAGUUACUAUUAAAGAUAAAGCAUGAAUAUAUUAUGUAAUAGAUUUUUUUACUGCAAACUUUUUUAUUCUGAUAAAUUUUCUUUAUCGAAUGUCUGGUAAAAUCAAUCAAAUUAAAUGACCACGAUCCAGUUACAAUAUUGCACUCAAAGUUUAUUUUCUAUCUUUGAAUUUUACGAGUUUUUGUGCUUUAUUUCAAAAUCCAAACUAGUAGGAGUCACGUAUUUAACAGUGUAGAUGAGUAAAAGUACAAAUUGCCUCCAAGGAAUAAAAUUUCUUUAAAAAAAAAAAAAAAGUCACUGAUAAAAUAUUUUAGUGUGAUAUUAUAUACAGUUUAAAUUAAUGGAGCUGCUGGUGCAGGUCUGAAGCACCAAUUUUAUGCUUCUUCCUAUGCAGUUAGGUUUUCCUAAAUGUACAGUGAAUUAUUUGAAGAGGUUGUAAAUUGCUUUUUCAUAUUUUACAAAUAAAAAUGGGUUAGAAAAAGGUUGGAUGUCAAUACAAAACGUGCUCCGAUUGGUGAAUGUCCUUAAAAAAGAGCGUCAAAAUAAAAAAUGAUGUAAUUUACUAAACAGAACCAUCCUGCUCUUGGAUUAUUUUUUUUAGCCCUUUCCAACAUUUCUGACUCAGCUCUGGGGUCCAGAACAUUUGGCAAUAUUUCAUAAUUUGUCAUUUCAAAUAGAGAAAUAUAACUUUUGUUGCAUGGCAACAGCGGAGGAGGCUGCUGGAGUGUUAUGGAGGCCCUAGAGAGACAGUGGCUGAAAUGAGACAUUUCAAGCCGAGUUUUUAAAGACAACAAUCUGAGAUGAAUCAGGAAUUGUUCAAGCUCUAAAGCUGCUACAAAGUUAUCAGAGGGAGAAAAUAAAGCCUGAAAACUAACAUUACAUCCUCCCUUUAACUAAAUUGUCAAAUAAAUACUAACUUCACAUCACACUUAAGUUCUCUUGUCUCUUGGAUUUCAGCUUAAAAACUGAAUAAUAAAACUGAUUCCCCGCUCAUUCCUUCCUUCCUUCAGUCACUUCAGCUCUUAACACUGCAGUCAUUGUCCUGUUUGAGUGAACCAGCCGCUCAUAUCUCCCCUUUUCUGUUUGUGUCGCGCAGGAAGCCCCUCUGGACACGCCAUGGGAGCCGCCGGGGUCUACUACACUCUGGUGACCUCCAUCCUCGCCAUCAUGACCAGCAAGAAGAAAUUCGGAAGCAAAAAAUCCACCAACAAGCAGUGGUGAGCGAGGAAACUGUGAUCUGAGAUGAAGGUCUUUUUCUAUAAGUGUUGUUUACGUCCUCCAUCCUGAGCUUAUCGCUGAGGACACACUAUCAGUUCUGCACUUUGGUUGAUCAUUGACUCCUGGGAACUGUUAGGAUAUCGUACAUGACUUGUUUUGGCGUCCAGGCGGCACAGAAUAACUGUGCUAAUCCUUAUAUUGCUUUGAAAGGUUGACUUGUUUGUUUCUGUGCUGCACUUGAAAAGACAAAGCUGAUUUGAUAAAUCACAGUUUUGGUGUUUUGUCUCUCCGCAGGUAUCUGAAGGCUGUUUUGUGGGCUCUUUUCUGCGCAGUCCAGGUGUGCGUCUGUCUCUCCAGAGUCUUCAUUGCUGCUCACUUCCCUCACCAGGUCGUUGCAGGUGUCAUCACAGGUCAGUAUAAGUGUUUUUAUGCUUCUGCUUUUAUGUAAUAAAAAUGAAACAGAUUUUAAUGACGCUGCAUUAAAUUCUAGGUAUGAUCGUGGCUGAAGCCUUCAACAGGACUCAGUGGAUCUACAACGCCAGCAUGAAAAAUUACUUCUACACAACCCUCUUCUUGACCUCCUUUGCUGUCGGCUUCUACCUCCUGCUCAAAGCUCUAGGCGUGGACCUGCUGUGGACCCUGGAGAAAGCCCAAAAGUGGUGCGUGAGGCCUGAGUGGGUCCACUUAGACACCACCCCCUUCGCCAGCCUCCUGCGUAACAUGGGCACUCUGUUCGGCCUGGGUCUGGGCCUGCACUCCCCGCUGUAUACAGAGGCCAAGAAGAGCAACAGCAAGCUGGUGAAAGCGGGGUGCGUCCUCAGCUCUCUGUUCCUGCUGCACCUCUUCGACUCCUUCAAGCCCCCCACGCACACCGCAGCUCUCUUCUACCUGCUGUCGUUCUGCAAGAGCGCCACCGUGCCCCUGGUAACCGUCAGCAUCAUCCCGUACUGCGUGAACGGAGCGCUGAGCAUGCAGAACAAAAAGGGAGUGUGAGCAACGAACUCGAAGGUUAUACAGACUCAUAAAAUGGAAGUGCAGAGUCCCUUCAACUUAUGGGGCUGAUGGCAUUCAUACUCAGGGAAAACGAUGUCGCCGCGAAAUCGUCACAAGUGUCAGUUGGACACUGGACUCUGUGAGCGCUCUGUGACACUAAAAGCACCGUCCACAACACCCCGGAGCACUUAGUGAUUUUUUCUGGGAAUCUGAAUUUAACUCAAUAAGCUAAUAUUACAAAUUUUUAACAUGUGGCGACAGGACAAACAUUGAACGACUACCAAUGGACUCAUUCCUAUCAUGUCAUGCUCAACCUCAUUUCAAAGCCAUGAAUAGUCACUAACGAUUUUGAUAUGCUAUUUCAACUUUUUAUGUAUUUUGACUACCAAAGAAAGUUUUUUUUUCUAACUAAUGGAAAGUAUUUUUGAACUGUUUAAUGUAUUUUUAAUAAAAAAGUUGUCAAAAUUUACAAAAC